AUGUAUUUCCUUGUAAAAUGGCUCUGCGUGGCGAUCGUGCGCUCCUUCUUCAAGGAGGUCGCCGUCAUCUACAAGGAGAGGAUACCCCUUUACGGUCCAGUCAUCUUCGUCGGAAACCAUAAUAACCAAUUCCUCGAUGCAUGCAUGCUUGUUUCCAUCAUUCCCCGCCAGGUUCGGUUCCUCAUCGCGGCGAAGUCGCUGAAGCGACGAGUUGUUGGAUGCCUUGCCAGGAUGGCUGCCUGCAUUGGCGUUCGCAGAGGUGAAGACGAGAGCCGCAAGGGCAGUGGAAUGCUGAGAGUUAUGCCGGGUACCAAAAUUUUCGACGAAGGCCUCGUGGGAGCUGACACUCAGCAGCAGCAAAACCAUCCGCAGCAGACACACCAGAUGCAACCUCUGCAGCCUCCGCUAGGAGAUGGCGAGGGCGCGACGGGUGAAGGAGCAGCCAGCGAGAACAAUCAGCCCAGAACAUGCCCAAGCACCAGUUUUACCAGCAACAAUUCCCUUAAAAGCGUGCAGAAUUCAAGUUUGAACGGCGGCGAUGGACUGGAGAGGCCUCGUGCUGCGGCGGGAGCAGCAGCGGUUCAGGAGGCCAGUCGAGCGGCUCAAUCGUUUUCCUCUCGUUGGAUAUCUCUGUGUGUGAAGGGCAUAAAUACGCGCUUUACAAAAGAAGUCUCCACGGGUGACACGAUUAUAACGCCGUCGGGGGCGUACCACGUGAAGGCCGUGUUCAGCGACACCAAUAUGCUCGUUAGUGCAGAUCCGCAGCCAUUGCCGCCCUUUUCGUCACUGCACCGCAACGAGUCGUGGGGUGUCCCUACACUCCACGCCGCUGCUGCUGCUGCUCCUCCUCAUGCAGAUGAGGUCGUUGUUCCCAGUGCUGCUUCCGCCACAACGGCGACAGCAGCAGACAGCGAGCUGCUCGCAGGCGCCCCCUCCGCCUCGCCAGACACCGAGCACGACGCUGCAGUUUUCGUUUGCGGCGGAAACAACAGCCACAGGGGAACUGGCGAGGGUGUCGGCGAGCUGCAGAGGGAGCAGGGGGGAGCUGCCCAUGACGAGGUGCCGCUGCAGAAGGCCGUGGAAAGAUCUGAGCGCGCAGCAGCAGGAGACUCCGAGGAGUUCUCGUCAGAUGGCGUCUUCAGAGAUAUCCGUGCGACUGCCGCAGCAGACGCAACGGAUGCAGCCGCUGUGGCGGAUGCAGCAGCAGAAGAAGCGGCCCGCGUUGCUGCUGCUCUGGCAGCAGAUGCAGCCGCAGCCGCAGCUGAAGCGUCUGCUGCAGCGGAUGCUGCAGCAGACGCAGAGUAUGCUGCUGCUAUCGCCGAGGCAGCACUAAUCGCGCAUCACCACCACCAUCACCAACAGCAGCAGGAGCAGCAGCAGCACUUUAAAAAGGCAGAAGACGACACGGGGUUGAGGCGCCGGGUCGUCUGUCAGGCGUCAAAGGAGACAGCAGCCAAGGAAGUUGCAGCUGUAGCAGCGUCUGCGGCAACAGCUGCACACGGCCGUGCAGCUAGCUCGUGCAGCAGCGCAGGUGCUGCAGCAGUCGCUGCAGCGGCUGCCGCUGCUGCGCAGGCUGCGGAGGCAGCCCUGGCAGCAGAAGCAGCAGCGCUAGAGGUGUCUGCUGGAGCAGCAGAAGACGAGGAUGACGCGUUCGGACCACCCGUGGAGUAUAAAAUUGCACCGCGGAUAGAUCAAUCCAAAGUGUACGAGUCCGUAACAGAAAGUCUCGUCGAAGGCGACACUAUUGGUAUUUUUCCUGAGGGGGGAAGCCACGACCGAACAACGCUGCUGCCGUUGAAGGCGGGAGUCGCUAUCAUGGCGCUUACGGCGAUGCAGCACGGGGCAGAGGAAGUGCUUCUCGUCCCCGUCGGCUUGACUUACCACAACCCCCACAAGAUGCAAUCGCGAGCGAGCGUCCACAUUGGCGACCCUGUGCCUGUGACUCGCGAGAUGGCCCUCGACUACGCCGUCGAUCGGAGAGGCGCAACAGCAAAGAUCCUCAACCAAGUCGAGCGAGGCCUUCGCUCCUGCAUUGUUACCGCUCAGGAUUAUGAAGCCAUGGCACAAAUUCGUCUUUGUGCAAGUCUGUAUCCCCCGGAGCGCCUGCGGCUGGCGGAGGCACGCUACUUCCUCUUGAUGCAGCUUAUCAGCAAAAUCUUCUGGCGCGCUGCCCACAACCCCAUACUGCUGGACUUGCGGCAGAGCCUCACGCAUUACGCCUCUGCAUUAGAGACUCGACGGCUAGCUGACCGUCAAGUUUGGUUGCUGAAGCAGUCGCCCUCUGGUGCCACACUCUGCCUAGCAGAGACGCUUGUUGCUAUAGUUUACUGUGCAGCAAUUGGCCUCCCCCUACUGCCUCUCUGGGCCCCUCUGCGAAUUAUAGCCAACAUCCUCGCCGAUAAACAGAGACAGAAGGCCGUCCGGGAGAGCCGCGUGAAGCUGAAGGGGAUGGACGUCGUGGCAAGCUACAAGAUCAUGGUGCUCCUUGUCUUAGUCCCCUUGUUCAACCUCCUCUAUGGCGCAGUCUUUGGGCUCGUCUUUUUAAAGACGUGGCUCGACUUGGUGCUAUCGAUGCUCACCGCGGUAGUCCUCCUUCCAGUUCUCUACUACUUUAGCAUGCGCAAAGCGGAGCGCCUUUUGCCGCUUUUCCAGCAGCUGCGCAUUGUCACGAUGGUGGUAGUGGGGAGCGUCAAUAUAUGGAGGCAGACGGACAAGGAGCUUAUCACGCAGCGCAUCCUGAUGCAGAUCAAGGUCAGAGACGCAGUCCAUCAACUAGGACCAGCGGUGUCUCUCACAUUUGCGCAAGACAUUCAAAGGGCCUUACCGACGGUACUACUCGACUUGGACACGAAGCGUCUUUUGCGUCUGCGGCGUCAGUUUGCUCCUUUGCAGAUGAAGGCGCCCUUCAAUGGCGUCACUGAGAUCAUCUGA